AGCGUUCAGAGAGGGAGAGGAAGGUUGAUGCCGCUGAGUAGCUCGAGCACCGAUCGACGGCUACGAUGGACCUGCGUUUAUCCCGGCGACAAUCGCGGGUCAGCACUGCGCUCACUAAAUACGGGCAAAAAAUUCUGCUCCAUUUUAGAGACGGGCAUCGGGAUUGGCGUGUAGUGAUGUACCGACCUUGUUUGGACUGACGGUGAGCACAGCUACACAUCCUUCGAAAUAGGCUUGAAGACCGGCAUGAGUUGGUGCGAUGCAUCCAUCGAGGUGCCGCUGGACGACUCGGUAGAUUACAAUGCCGUACCUGCAUCUGCGCAUGAAGGCGCGGCUGGACGUUCACCGAUCUACACAUCGUCCAUGAUGCACCGCUUUGUGGAACUUGACCAACAUGGAAGGGCGCCUCAAGCGGCGUUUCGAAAAGCACCCGUCAGCCAACACCAAAGGCAGCGCGAAGGGUUCGCAAAAGGUCAUUGCUUUCAGCAACGGCCAACGACUGUUACUUCAACCAACCAACAUGCAGCUCACAGCAUUUCUCGAGCACCUCAACGCCUCAUCUCCUGAACCAACCCUCGGUGCCCCACGUUGUGCGCCCUUCGCUGCGUACAGCAUGGGCGGCGCUUUGUUCUUGCACUCACGUUCAGCGUGCCCUAAUCACAAAAUCUUCGGCGGUAUCGCCUUCACGUUUACACCUUUCUCCGGCAUGCCAAACAUCCUUGGCGCGCUCUCUUGGGACGAUAACACGAGGGGCAGGAACGACAUCAUUUACAAAGAUGCCACGAGCCUCAGCUUUCGAAGCACCUUUUUCUUGCUGCCACACGGUGUGCGCGGAUGUCGAGGCGGAGAAAAGGCACCAGUGGUGGGAAAGCGCCUGCUUUCGAAAGAAUGGCAUACUCGAUCGACCUUCUCGACAUUGCCACCUGGCGUGACCUGCGCAUUUCUCCCUGUCUCCCCUUCCCAUCCCCCUCCGCAGCGGGCCGUUGCACGAGCCAAGAAUAGCAGCAUCUCUCACGGACACUUGAAUAUGUUCACCGCCUCCUUGCGCGAAUAGAAUCGGGCUUCGAAAGCGA